UUGUUGUGUUGUAUUUUGUCUUGUCUUGUCUUGUCUUGUCUUGUUUUGUUUUAAACGUGAGAGUCGCUCCUUCGUUCCCGUAGUGUAUAAUUCUCUUAGUACCUGAACGCACCACUCGCCUGUGUACCACAGCCCGUAAAGGCAGCAGCGCGGCAGAGCAUCAUGGCUGACUCGGUGUCAGACAGCGAGCGACAGGUGAAGCCUCCUCCCAAACGCAGACGCAUCCUCGACCCGUCGGCGAUCGUCUCCGUGCCCGUUUACUCCAACAAGGUCAGCAGCAGCCUGCAAAUGAAGCCGACGGCAGCUCUGUUCACCGAGAGGGAAAACUCCGACGACGGUGCAGACGACAGUUUGUGGUCCCAGUUUUCAUCCCGAGGACCAGCGGCAGCUGUCGUCGCCCUCAGUGACUCCGAGAACGACGAAGCAGAAGAAACAGAGAAUAAAUCAGAACCAGCAGCCAUCCGCUGCCCGUCUCCUCCUCCUCCAGAGAGUCCGGUCCAGAAGCAGUCCAGACAGGUCCAGCGGAAGAUCAGUGAGAUUGACAGAAAGCUGCGGGCCGUGAACUCGCUGCUGUCUCCAGAGCCUCAGGACAGGCGGUCCAGACGCCGGCGAGGCCGCCAGUCUCCAGAAGAGCGAGACAACCAGGACGACGUCAUCAUCCUGACCCCUAACUCUGGACUGCAGGACUCUCCGUACAGCUCGCCGCUCCGGGAGAUCCCCCUCAAGAUUCGCUGCCGAACUGACGUCCACAAGAUCCCGGUUCUGUCCGCGACGCCGUUAAGCGAAGUGGUGGCCCAGCUGUCCGUCAUCCUCGCCGUGCCUCCGCCUCGCCUCCUGCUGCUGAGGGAGGAGGUGGAGCUUCCAACGGACUCCACCGUCGGCGAGCUCGGCCUCGGCAUCGCUGACAUCAUCGAGUGUGUGGUGAUGGCAGUGGAGGAUAAAAGAGAAGCGGACAGCAUCACCGUCAGGCUGCAGAGCAAAGACAGAGCGUCUUCACAGGAGUUCUCCCUGCACAGAGAUGCUCCGCUGGGCUCCGUCUUCUCCCGUUUCCUGUCCAACAUGUCCCCCGGUGCUCAGAAGACGGUGGUCUUCCACUUCGACGGCUGCAGAGUGUCCCACAGCGAGACGCCGGCGCAGCUGGAGCUGGAGGACGGAGACAUCAUCGAGGUCUGGCUCUAGAGCCGGGAGACGGAGACACGUGGACCGCUCUUCUGGUGGUCCAAUCUCUUUAUUUGUAAACUGUAAAAAAUUAAACCAGGAUGGGAUUAUAUUUGUUUAGAUGCUAAUAAAAAAGUAUUAAAAACUCUGAAGUCA